AUGGCCUUGGGCCGAUUGAAUCCUGGUACAUGGGUGCCAUGGAUGUUGCUGUUUGUUUCCUAUGUCUGGGCGUUUUAUAUACCUGGUUACUCCAUCACUCGAUAUAAUGACAACGACCCCAUCCCCCUACUCGUGAACAAGAUCUUCUCCGACCAGACGCAACUGCAAUAUGCCUACUACGACCUCCCCUUCGUUUGCCCCCCGAGCGGCCGGGCGCAUGGCGGCUCACCCUUCGGAUCUGGCCAGAGUAUUUCGCUGAAUCUGGGAGAAGUGCUGCGUGGGGAUCGCAUCAUGACCUCUGAUUUCGAGCUUGCAAUGGGGAAGGAUGUCGAAUGUCGGCCCCUCUGCACGCGUGAAGUCAGUCGCUCGGAUGUGAAAUGGGCGCGCCAUCUCAUCAAAGACGGAUAUGUGAUCGAGUGGAUUGCGGACAACCUGCCCGGAGCCACCAGCUUUGUGACAGUCGACCGAAGGCGCAAGUAUUACGCCUCUGGGUUCAAGCUCGGUUACAGGGAUAUCUCCCCUGCCUCCGGUCGACCACGGUACUUCAUCAACAAUCACUUCACGAUCGUGAUCCGCUGGCGGGGUAUGCCGGAGGGAGGCAAGGUGAUUGUUGGAUUCGAGGUGUAUCCGAAGAGUAUCGCUGCCGAGGACCGCAACCAGGAUGGUUGCCCCAAAGACGUCCACAAAGAACAGGAGGGGCUGGGGCUAUACAUUGCGCCUGACAUGUCGCGGAUCCAGGAGAAGUACAAGGGGCUUUCCUACAUCCCGGAGGACGAUGACGACGAUGACGACGGGGCUAAACUCAAAGUCCCCUACACCUAUUCGAUCUAUUUCCGCGAGGAGCCCAAGAUUGAAUGGGCCAACCGAUGGGAUCUAUACUUCAAUAACCAGGCAGAGGGCUCCAUGACCCACUGGCUGGCGAUUAUCAACUCGCUGACUAUUUGCACUGUGUUGGGAGUCACUGUUUUUGUGAUCUGGAGUCGCACAGUUCAAGGCGAUAUCAAGGGCCGGGGCGAUGGAGCUAUGGAAGACCAAAAACUCAAGACCAAGUCCCGUCAGAAGAGCGGCAAGUCUGGAGACAAGAGUGGAGAAGGGCUGCUGGACCAAGAUGCAGAUGUGGAGGGUGGAGACAUUUCAUCUGAUGAGGAGGCUGUCGAGGACACUAGCGGCUGGAAACUCCUCCAUGGGGAUGUCUUCCGGAUCCCUGCCUACAGUGGCUUUCUGGCUCCAUUGGUGGGCUCGGGAAUGCAGCUGUUCUUCAUGGUCACAGGACUCCUCCUGCUCAGUUGCCUUGGAGUCUUGAACCCUAGCUUUCGUGGCGGUUUUGUCAGCGUUGGCAUGGGUCUCUUUGUCUUCGCUGGUCUUUUCUCCGGUUACUUUUCUGGGAGACUUUACAAGACCUUUGGCGGGACGGCCUGGCGGACAAACACCCUCGUUACGGCCUUUCUUUUCCCAGGGCUUGCUUUUUUCCUUGUGUUGAUCUUGAAUUUGUUCGUGUGGGCCCAAGCAUCUAGCACGGCCAUCCCGUUCGGCACAUUGAUCGGUCUUCUCGCGCUCUGGCUCCUCAUUCAAGUCCCGCUUGUCUAUAUUGGUAGUUGGUUUGGGUUUGUGCGAGCGACGCCGUGGGAGCAUCCGUUGAAAACCAACUCGAUCGCUCGCCAAAUUCCGCCACAGCCGUGGUAUCUCCGCAGCCCUCUUGGCCCUCUCUUGACUGGUCUGGUCCCAUUUGCUGUGUUGUUCAUUGAGCUCCUGUAUGUGUUCAAGAACCUUUGGCAGGACAAGAGUGGCUACUACUACGUGUUCGGAUUCCUGAGCGUCGUCUCAGUGGUGCUGAUCAUCACGGUCAUCGAGGUGACUGUCAUUGCAACCUACAACCAACUUUGCUCCGAGAAUUAUAACUGGUGGUGGCAGAGCUUCCUGGCCGGAAGCAGCAGCGCAUUUUGGAUUUUUGCCUACUGCGUCUGGUUCUAUCUGUUCAAGCUCCAUGUCACCGGCUUUGUGUCGAGUUUCCUGUUCUUUAGUUACAGCCUCCUCGCCUGUGUCGUGUAUGGACUGUUGACGGGUACUGUUGGGUUCCUGGCCGCAUACGCCUUUGUCCGGCGCGUAUAUGGUGGGAUCAAAGUUGAUUAA